AUGGCUGGCCCUGGUCAGCGCGGCCCCUGCCGUUUCGGACCGAUUUCUUCGGAGCCGGCGUGCGUCGAGUUCCUGGAGAAGCCGAAGCUGCACCAGGACGCGGAGGCCAUGACGGUGGACCCCGACGACGAGGUGGGGUGGCUCGCCCUUCUGGAUCGCAUGUUCAAGGCCGCGGAAGAAAAGCAGUGGCAGCUGAAUGACCCUGACUAUGACAGGCCUGCUGCCGAUGAUGAUGAAGUAUGCGACAUGCAAUCCAUUGCCGAGCUCGCGGAUAUGCUCGAACAGAUGCAUCGCGCAGACGAGAUGCGUGAGCAGCAAAGGCAAAGGCGAUGCGAUGCAGAGCGCAAGGGCUACGACAUCCUGAAGGUAUUUGGCGCGAUGGGUGAUGGUGCAGUCUGCUGCCAGUACUACAUCAAGCGGAUCAACAAGCACCUGAAGAAGGAGGACACGCAUGGGCCGAUGAGGCCGCCCUUGCCCGCGACCAAGGCGGCGAUGUCCAACGGGCGCGAGGGUGCCGCGGCGGCGAAGUUCAGGACCGAGGAUCGCAUGGCGGUGCUGUUCAAGGGAAAGCUCGAGCAGAUGCCCGAGCCGAUCGGCGUGGCCACGGCGGUGAAAUUCAAGCGCGAGCUCGAGCAUGCGUCCGAGCCGAUCGAGCAGACGCCCGCGUCUUCUUCAGCCGCUGCUUCGAGCUCGACUGCGAUUGCGCUGCCAGCCGGCCAGUCGCUCAAAGCGGCGGCGGAUCCCACCUGCUACGGCUGCGCCGUGUGA